AUGAUUGCAAUUCAAGACUGUCUUCGGCCUCAACAUCGGCUUACAUGUGAUGUUAGCUCUGAGAAUAACUAUUCAUCUGAUGGUACCGUUGAAGACGAUUCUCAGAUUAGACUUCGACUUAAACGACGUCUUCAACGAAACAGAACUGCUUUUUCUGACCAACAAAUCAAAGCUCUUGAAAACGAGUUUGAGCGGACUCACUAUCCCGAUGUAUUUGCUCGGGAAAAACUGGCCGACAAAAUAUGUUUACCCGAACCGAGAAUUCAGGUCUGGUUUUCUAAUAGAAGAGCCAAAUGGAGACGUGAAGAGAAACUAAGGAAAACACAGAAGAAGAGCUGUCAAACACUAAUUAAUUCGAGUGAUAAUCAACUAAUUAGUCCAAUAAAUGCAACACUUUCAUCUCUAAGCAAUUCAAUCACCAGUUUUAAUGCAAUGUCAACCCUAAGUCCACCCCCACCUCCACCACCCUCUCAGAGCACUCAAUGCUAUUCAAUAAACCACUCAUUAGAAACAUACGACUUGAGUGCCCAACCAAACCAUCAAUCGGCUCAUAAUUAUCCGAACCAUUUGUUUUAUUGGCCAAAAUAA